AUGGAAAUAAAAAGGGCUGCCAUCCUGAUCAUCUCCGACGAAGCCUCCAAGGAUCCCACUUUGGACCGUGCGGCUAGUGCUCUUGCACCUAUUCUGGCCAAGGAGGAGAAGUGGGAACUCUCCGCAAUUCGUAUAGUUCCGAACAACGUCCUCCAAAUCCAGCAAGCAGUUUGCGACUGGACUAUUGGCCCCAAUUGGCACCAUCUAGUCCUGCUUAGUGCUGUGACAGGCUUAGCAGGCAAAGACAAUACUGCCGAGGCCGUCACUAUCCUGAUUAAUCGACAUGCCCCGGCCCCAGUCCAAGGCAUGAUCGCCGAGUCUCUGAAAUUUACUCAAUUCACAAAGUUGGAAAGAUCGAUUGUUGGUGUUCGUGAGAAGACUUUGAUUAUCAGUUUACCAGGAUCUCCCAAAGGAGCCAUGGAGAAUCUUGAAGCCGUUAUGAAACUCCUCCCUCAUGUUUUCCCGCAGUACCAUCGCUCCUUGCAUACUACUGGCUUGAAUAAGUCAAAUAAUGAGGCCGGAAUCACUAUUUCCCAGCAUCCAACACAACUUCAACUUCAACCCUAUCAUCACCACCAUGCCCAUGGCCAUCUGAUCCGCAAAGCACACACAUCUUCACCACACUGUCCCCAAUCCAAAUCCAACAGACCCGCCAUGGGCCUCAAUCAGCGCUACCGCCCUUGUUUCAAUCCCAUGCUUUCUGUAGAGGAAGCACUACGUGUGAUCCGCGAGCAAACCCCUGCACCCAUUGUGGUCGAAACGCCUGUCACCACUUCCAUCAUCGGGUCCGUCAUUGCCGAAGAUGUUUACGCCAGCGAGAUGGUACCGGCAUACCCCACCAGUCUUGUUGAUGGCUACGCCAUCGUUGCCGUAGAAGGCAAAUCCACCAACGCCAUUUUCCAUAGAACUUCAAUCGCCCACGCCAACAUGAGCGGAGCCUUUGAGCCCUUACAACCAGGAACCAUUGCUAAAAUUACCGCUGGCGCGUCCCUUCCCCCUAAUGCCAACGCUGUGGUUAUGUUUGAUGACACGGCAUCCUCAGCCCUAGAUGGCCAAGGCGAAGCAACUGUCGAAAUCCUGGCCGACGAUAUCUUCCCAGGCGAAAAUGUCCGCGAACCUGGAAGCGACAUUGCCCUUAACUCUAAGAUCCUUGAUCGUGGUGACCUUAUCUCCCCAGUCGGCGGCGAAAUAGGUCUGCUUGCUGCCACGGGCACCCGAGCCAUCAAGGUAUUCAAGAAGUGCCGGGUGGGCGUCCUCAGUAUCGGUGGCGAGCUCGUGAAGCAUUCAGAUCCCUCUACCCUGGUCAGAGGCCAGAUCCGUGACUCGAACCGCCCAUCCCUUUUAUCUUGCCUAGCCUCCUGGGGCUUUGAGACCGUGGAUCUUGGCAUCGCCCGUGAUACGGCAGUAGGCGAGCUCGAACACACCCUUCGAGACUUCCUAUACGGUGUAGACCGUGCAUCCUCUAGCAUCGACAUGCUCGUAAUCACAGGCAGCAUGUCCCUGGCCAAGCUAGACCUCAAUUCUAUCAUCGAGCGUACGCUCGGUGGCACCAUUCACUUCGACCGCAUCUCUAUGAAACCCGGCAUGACCACUACCUUCGCGACAGUACCCUGCAAGGCUACCACGGCAGACGCAGCUGCUGAGAACGUCCGGCAGAAACACACCUCGAAACUGAUAUUUUCGCUCCCCGGAGACCCAGCCUCAGCGCUAGCCACCCUGAACCUCUUCGUCCUAUCUUCCCUCCAAAAGUUCACCGGCCUAGGCGAGUCCUCCCAGGCUAUGGCUACCAAGCCGGGGAUUACGCCGCAAUUGGGUCUGCCUCGGGUCGCUGUCGUCCUGACCCACCAUUUCCCCCUCGAUCCCAAGCGCACCGAGUACCACCGUGCUGUCGUGACGGGCUCUCGCUCGGACGGCCGACUAUAUGCUACGAGCACUGGUGCUGAUGCUGUAGGCGGCCUUGCCAAGGCCAAUUCUCUAGUUAUACUCCGUGCAGGGCGAGGCGUUGGGAUCAAGGGUGAAAUCGUGGAGGCGCUGAUGAUGGGUCCUGUCUAUGCUUCCGAUACCCGCAUUAUUUGCUAA